AUGCGCCAACGACUUUGUCAACAUCUACUCGCAGCUCAAGCACGAAUCAGACGACCUCCUGGACGCCGAGAUGUCCGGCCCGUUCUGUGGAGACACCAAAGAAGAUCUGCCCAAGCUGGUUGUGUCCACUCGGAAUGUCCUCGUCAUCUGGUUUUACUCCAACGAGGAGAAGACCAGUGGUGGUUUCCAUGGCACCUGGGAGUUUAUCGAUGCAGUGCACUAUGAGAUGGGUACAGUGGCGCCCCACACUUGUGGCUACACCAUUCGCAGUGAAAACAAACGGCAGGGCUAUAUCAUGUCUCCCACCUACCCCGGAGUCUACCCUGAUAACCUCUUCUGCUCCUAUAAACUGCAAGGCAAACCGGGUCAGCGGCUAAAGCUCACCUUCCAGGACUUCUCACUCUUCUACGGGGGUGAAUAUUGUCCUUUUGACUAUUUGAGGAUCUACGAUGGAUAUACAAACACGGCAGCAACACCCGUCAUUGGGACCUUCUGCGGCAGCUUCAACCAGUCCACGGUCAUUUUCUCCAAGGGAGAAGCUCUGUGGUUGGACUUCGUCACCGGCGAGGGGAGGUUGAACUUUACUGCUCCACCACUGGGAGCUAGUGCCGACUUUAGGUUCGCUCGGAGAGGGUUCAAUAUAUCAUACGUUUUCAGUGAGGAUUUUGUCAAAUUAGAUGAACAUUUUAUCAAAGAUGGCGCCGAACAUGUUCCGGGCACUCAGUGUGACUUGCGGAUCAUGAGUGGUAAGGAAACAAACGGAACGUUCGUUUCUCCUGGUUUCCCGGGCAACUUCAGAGAAGGUCUCAUUUGCCGGUACUAUAUGGACGGGUUGAUGGACGAGCAGAACUUGGAGAAGGUCAAAGUCAGUUUUUAUGACUUUAACAUUCCUGGAAAUAUGCCAUACUGCUUGCUGGGAUACCUAGGUGAGAACGAAGACGGAAGACUGAGUGAAGGUGCAGUGAAGAACAAAUACUGUGGCAGCUAUAACCCCCCAGUCAUCACCAGUAUGGGGCCCACGAAUGGUGAUCACACUCAACACAACAGGGGCCAUCCACGGGGGCAAGUUCUUCGCCAAAUAUGCAUUUAUUACAG